AUGUCACGCCGGAAACAGAAGCGUCCACAGCAUCUCGUUAACGCGGAUCCGGGUGGCCCAAGGCUGCUAUCUCACGAUGACCACCUGGGAAUGAAGUCACCAUCGACAUCUCUGGGUUCUGAAGUGACGUCAUCAGGUUCCUCAUCCUCAUCCCCCACCUCUCUCCAAGACUGCCAGCCACCUCUGGCCCCUCGCCCAUCCCCCGGUGGGCUCCACGCGCCCUCCUUACCCAGUGAGAGCUCGCCUCCUCCCCACUGGCCCAGUCACAUUGCCCCCUUCACAACCUCCCUACCCAACACCCACUCUUCCCUCUCCCCAGACUUUCCUCACCCCUCACUGUCUUCCCAGACUCACUCGCCUCCUCCCCUGGGUCAAACCUCAGGUUCCCACACCCUUUCCCACCAAGGAAACUCUCACUCCACCAUGACCUCCCCACCGAUGGGCAGUUCGGCCACCACCACUACCUCCUCCUCCUCCUCCUCCACAUCUUCUCAGUGUGUGCCGCCUCACCGGGACAGCUCCAGUCCAGGUCAGCAGCAGUCCUCCAGCUCUCCAGGGCAGCAGGGACAGAUGCAGGUGCCUCCAACCCUGGCGGUACUCCUAGAGGAGCUGAGGGUUUUACAGCAGAGGCAAAUCCACCAGAUGCAGAUAACAGAAGAGAUCUGUAGGCAUGUUCUACGGCUUGGGGGGGCUGUCUUUGGCCAAGAUAAUAACACACAGGCCAGUGCUGCAGACAGCAACCAGAAGCCUACAGGAGCAGCAUCUUCAUCGCCAACACACCCUUCCACUGCCACUCCAGUGACCACAGCUUCAUCGCUGUUGUCUGGCCUUCCAUCUUCCCUCUUCCCCCAGCCAGCCAUCUCUAAAUCAGGGGCUUCACAUGUUAAUGGCAGCAGAGCUUCAUCCUCCUCUACCUCUUCCUCAUUAUCUUCCUCUUCUUCCUCAUCUAUUUCAUCCUCUAUCAGCUCCUCUGUUGCCUCCCUACACCCACUGUCCCUGUCACUGGGCCUGCCGCCACGCUACCUCCAUGAGAAAUCGUCUAACACGUCCUCAUUUGGCCACAGCAACAGUGUCAGCUUCCCUACUCCUCCCCUUCCUACCACCAGCCAUUCCCAGGACCUCCAGCCCAGCUCCUCUCUUGCCUCUGCCUCCUCAUCAGGUCGCCCUCAGCAUGUCUGCCGUUUUUGUGGGAAAGUGUUGAGCAGUGAUUCAUCUCUCCAGAUCCAUCUGAGGUCACAUACAGGUGAAAGGCCCUACCAGUGUCCAGUCUGUUUGAGCCGAUUUACUACCAGAGGGAACCUUAAAGCUCAUUUCCUGCGACACAGAGAGCAGAACCCAGAGCUGUCCCUCUCCCUGCUGCCCCCAGCACUGUCUGAGCAAACACAGAGUGGAUCUGCCCCUGGUGCCAUCCAGAGAAGGAGAAAACGGAGGGCUGACGAUGAUGAGCCGUUUAACGGGGUUAAAGGGAGCAUUCCCGGAAUGACAGAGAACAUGGCUUUAGGUUUUCUGUCCGGUGCAUCUACUCGACCAUCGCCUUCCUCUCUACCUCUGCCACCCUCCGUAGACAUGGCGCUGUUGUCCACAGCCCAUUCACUGCUACAGUUAAACAGAGCCUCAGCUGCAGCUGCUGCCAGUGCAUCUAGCACUGUACUGCCUUCUUCCUCUUCAUCCUCAUCUUCCUCCUCCAUGGGAAGCCAGUUUAAAGGAGCAAAGCAGCAGCGUUUUGAUGAAAAUACACCUCCUCACUCUACCCUCCAUGCAACCUCCCCAUACUCUCAACUGGCCCACCUCCCCAAAAUUCUCUUCCCUGGAGGUACUUCCCCUCAUCACCUUGCACUUCUCCGGCCUCCCGGUCACCCAUCCACCUCCCACCUCACUUCCCCUCAUCAGCUACCCUUCCCCUUUCCACCUUUCCCUAAACCAUCAACUUCAUCCCCCUCCUCAUCCUCUCCAACCACCUCUACCCAGACCUCAGACACGUCCAAGUUGCAACGGCUGGUGCAGAAGCUUGAAAAGCAACCACAGGGAAGUGCCUCUACCUCUUCCUCUGCCUCCUCUCCCUCUACCUCCUCACAAACACCUGCUGAAGCCAAUGGGGACACACACGGCCAUGACCUGACCACCACCUCCAGUGCCUAUCGCAGGGAAAUGUUGGCGGCACUCGGCCUGAGCCCAAGUGCCAAUGUUGCAGGGCUGGCGACCAGCCAGGGAGCCUCGGAUUCGGGAGCUACAACUACCACGACUGCCCCUUCUCUGCCUACUGCCCAGGCUGCUAACCAGUGUGGUGUCUGCUUGCGUGUCCUCAGCUGCCCGAGAGCUCUGCGUUUGCACCAGGCCACACAUUUGGGAGAGCGUCCAUUCCCUUGUAAGGUGUGCGGUCGCUCCUUCUCCACAAAGGGUAGCCUUAGGGCCCACCUGGCCACUCACCGUGCAAGACCGCCAAAUACCCGUGCCCUGAACUCCUGCCCGCUGUGCCCACGCAAGUUCACCAAUGCCUUAGUUCUUCAGCAUCACAUACGAUUGCACCUAGGAGGGCAAAUACCACCUGAUGAAGACGUACCACCUGAAGAUGGGACAGAAACGGAAAGUGCAGUCUUCGAUGACGGUGAGAAUGACUCCAUCAGCUCCCCAUCUAAAACCCAACAACUCCUUCCCUUGGCCUUAACAAUAGGCUCAAAGUCCCCUAAUGAUGUGCUCAACUCAGGGUCCACUUCUAAGCAAUCCACAGCUGUUGAUGUUACUUCAGUGAAGACAGAGGAAUCUGAGGGCUCAACACCCAGUGUUAGCCCACCUCUGACCCGUAAUCCCUCCUCAGCGGGAGCAGAGGACCCCCUGGGUCUGGGAGACAACGCCUUAGCUGAUGGUAGUUCCAUGAACGGGUCCAUGUACUCUGAGGAGGAGACCCACGCUGACCUGGGCAGUACCAGCCCUUUCAAAGCCCCUUUAGGUAGUUCUCAUUCAGCUGUAGUCAAUGGAGAUGCAGAGGAAGAUGACGUCCCUCUAUCUCUCUGUGUUUCGAAGCCUGGGGUAGAAAAUGAUGCUUUGCACAAAGGGGCUAAUAAUGAUGAAACCUGCUCCACAGACGAACCCACGACUAGCCCUGAUUCUAACCCAAAACCCCAUGCUGCAAAAUCCUUACCUGCAUUCACCCCUCCUGCCAGCCCCAAAGCCAUCCAACCAGCAGAAGAGGCCUGUAACAGUGAACCACAGGAGCCACAGGAGAGAGAUGCUGCCCAAAGUAAGGGGAACUGUGAGACUACCACACCCAGAGAGCCUCUGGAUCCAGAGAUGGACAAAGACAUUCCAACUGAAGAGGGUUCUCAUGUGGCAGAAAAACCUUCAGAGGAACCAGAACUGUCUGUCCCAGCACCAGCACCACAGAGCCAGCCUACCCGCCCUGAUAAACCCUACAGCUGCUCCCACUGUGGAAAGGCAUAUGCCAGCCGUAGUGGACUUAAGGGACAUAUGAAAACUCACCCGGGAGCACUGACCAGCACCCCCUCCAAGGCCCAAACCAGUGACAAUGACAUUGCGGAGGAUCGCAGUUCACAUUCAGCCAAUAAGAACCCAGGGCAGCAGGAUGAAAAGCAGGGACAGGCUAAAUCCCCAGAGAAAGGUUGCAGCACGGAUCCUGAACCAAACAGUGUAGGUUCUGAUGUGGUGGGUGAGCCUAUGGACACUACUGUGUAG